CGCCAUAUUAAGGAGCACGGAGCCCGGGGUCCCGUUGGCGGCGGCCGCGGCGGGACCAGUGGAGCUGCGGCCGGCAGCGGCCGGCGCGGCGCGGCGCCGGGAGAGGCGGGGUCGGCGGAGCCAGCGGGCGACCGGAGCGAGCCAGGCUGACCUUGGCCGGCUGACGUUGGCCGGCGGGCUGGGCCUGCCCUGCGUCGCCAUGGACCAGGACUAUGAGCGGCGCCUCCUCCGGCAGAUCGUUGUUCAGAACGAGAACACGAUGCCCUGCGUGGCGGAGAUGCGGCGAACCCUGACGCCUGCCAACUCUCCCGUGUCCUCCCCCAGCAAGCAUGGAGACCGCUUCAUCCCCUCCAGAGCUGGGGCCAACUGGAGCGUGAAUUUCCACAGGAUCAAUGAGAAUGAGAAGUCUCCCAGCCAAAACCGGAAAGCCAAGGACGCCACCUCAGACAACGGCAAAGACGGCCUGGCCUACUCCGCCUUGCUGAAGAACGAGCUGCUGGGAGCCGGCAUCGAGAAGGUGCAGGACCCGCAGACAGAGGACCGCAGGCUGCAGCCUUCCACACCUGAGAAGAAGGGCCUGUUCACGUAUUCCCUCAGCACCAAGCGCUCCAGCCCUGACGAUGGCAACGAUGUAUCUCCCUACUCCUUGUCCCCAGUCAGCAACAAAAGUCAGAAGCUACUGCGGUCGCCACGGAAACCUACCCGCAAGAUCUCCAAGAUCCCCUUCAAGGUCCUGGAUGCACCAGAGCUGCAGGACGACUUCUACCUGAACCUGGUGGACUGGUCAUCCCUCAACGUGCUUAGCGUGGGGCUGGGGACCUGCGUGUACCUGUGGAGCGCCUGCACCAGCCAGGUGACCCGGCUCUGUGACCUCUCAGUGGAAGGGGACUCGGUGACGUCCGUGGGCUGGUCUGAACGGGGCAACCUGGUGGCUGUGGGCACGCACAAGGGCUUUGUGCAGAUCUGGGAUGCGGCUGCGGGGAAGAAGCUGUCCAUGCUGGAAGGCCACACGGCACGCGUCGGGGCGCUGGCCUGGAAUGCUGACCAGCUCUCAUCUGGGAGCCGGGACCGCAUGAUCCUGCAGAGGGACAUCCGGACCCCGCCCCUGCAGUCUGAGCGGCGGCUGCAGGGCCACCGGCAGGAGGUGUGUGGGCUCAAGUGGUCCACGGACCACCAGCUCCUCGCCUCGGGGGGCAACGACAACAAGCUGCUGGUCUGGAACCACUCAAGCCUGAGCCCUGUGCAGCAGUACACAGAGCAUCUGGCGGCCGUGAAGGCCAUUGCCUGGUCCCCACACCAGCACGGGCUGCUGGCGUCCGGUGGCGGCACGGCCGACCGCUGCAUCCGCUUCUGGAACACGCUCACAGGGCAGCCGCUGCAGUGCAUCGACACAGGCUCCCAGGUGUGCAACCUUGCCUGGUCCAAGCACGCCAACGAACUGGUGAGCACGCACGGCUAUUCACAGAACCAGAUCCUGGUCUGGAAGUACCCUUCCCUGACCCAGGUGGCAAAGCUGACCGGGCAUUCCUACAGGGUCUUGUACCUGGCCAUGUCCCCUGACGGAGAGGCCAUAGUCACUGGUGCUGGGGACGAAACGCUGAGGUUCUGGAAUGUCUUUAGCAAAACCCGUUCGACAAAGGUAAAGUGGGAGUCCGUGUCAGUCCUCAACCUCUUCACCAGGAUCCGGUAAAGCCUCGGGCCUCACCGUCUGGGUCAGAAGAGUCCCACCUCUCAUCGGCGUGCAUGGACCCUACCCCCCCAGCACAUGGUCCCUAGAGGAGACAGCCGGGGCGGGUGGGGAGUUGGGCCUGGAGAGACCCUGAAGAUUCUCAUUAAAGCCUGAUUGCGAA